GGCUCUUAUGGCAGGCUGUCGUUCAGCGGCUGUCGGAUCACAGAAUUAUUAAUAAAAAGGAAUAUUGGUUUUGUUUCACGUCUUUUGGAGAACCACAAACAUGUCGAAGCGAGAGGCUUUUCUAGAGUCCUGCUGUACGGAGAAUGUGGACGAUUUCCUCCGCUUUAUUCAGCUUCAUAAGAACAAGACGGAGCCCUUCGAUGUGGAGGAAGUUCUGCAGGAGAUGAACAGAGACCAGAGGCAGACGCUGUGGGGGAAACUGUCCUCUCUCCUCCAGGACGUCCUGCAGGAGGAAAGGGGAGAAGAGGGGAGGAGAGAGGAAGGGAGGGAGGAAAGGAAAGAGGAAAGGAGAGAAGAGGCCAUGGAGGUGGAGGCAGCUGCAGACCCUAAUCAUGUGAGGUCUGUAGUGGACGGUGUGACUCUGGUUGCUGCUGAGUCCCUAAAGGUCCUGCAGGACGGAGAAACCUACAGUUCUCUUCUGGAAAUCAUCCACAGGCUGCAUGAUCUGUUGGAACUGCAGCCGGUCUCCGAGGCUCCGCUGCAGCUCCACAUCCUCAGACUUUGUGACGCCUGGUGGAAGAAAGAUCUGAAGGAGAAGGAAACGUUCGGUCGCAGCGCUAUGAUCAUCGCUCUGACGAAGAGCUUCGAUCUGAAGAAACCG